AGCCCAAAUGUUCGAUUAAAACGAUCAAAUGGAUACUGAAACAAAAAACUUGCGGGAGGCCGGAGAGGUCUUUCUGUUUAUGCACAGAAUCUUCCGUGCAUCCCGCAAUCUUCGUGCACAUUGGUACAUUGAUCAUCUCGGAAAGGCCGUAUCAAUCGAAGAAGUUCCACAAUGCUCAUCAUAUAAACCAUCAAAAGAUCCAAAAGAUGAGUACAGGCAAGAGAUGACAGUCAUCGGGAUUGUACCAGCCGGAGGAGAUGGUACAGAAGUCGUUGGAGACGAGCAAUUCAUUGUGACUGUCAGAACGAAAUGCACAUAUAUAUCCAGAUAUUAUCGAAUUGUUUUUGUUCUUGAUCUCAGUCCAUCCGUUGUUAUGGCGGACGAUGAAUCCAACUGUUGCCUCGUUGAUCGAAUCAUCCCAAGCCUUCGAAAUGCUCUACGAUCAUCAGUAAAAUCAUUUGUCAUACCCGGAACGAAUCGAAUUUUUCGUCCUCAAGUUCACACGUCCAUCUGCUUGUUCACACCUUUUAUGAAGUUUGAGGAGACUUUUACGUUAUGCCAAGGAGUCUUCGUCACUGAAUCAAAUGUUGAUAUGGUAAUUGAAUCGGUUGAGAUAAAGUUCGUCGACAUCUACAAACGACUGUUCACCUUCUCCCGUCCGAUUCUCGAAAUGUGGGGAAAACUGAAACGUCGUCACAAGCACAAUAAAUUCGAUUCACUUUGUGAGAGUGACUCGCAGAGUGAAGAUUGCAGUCGAAAAGUACCAUCAGCGGAAAAUAUUCACUUAUCUGAAUCUUCCGCAGCAUCGACUUCACACAAAAAUGAUGGAGAUGCAGACAGAGCAAUGGAUGGUGGGAAUCUUAUGUCAAUACAACGUGGAAUAUGGUCUGCAACUGAACGUCAUGAAGAUCAGAAACAAUUGUCAUUUGCAAGUGAUAAGAGUUAUGUUGCACCGGAUUGGUCGCUGAUAUUUAUGCUUCGAAUGGGUCUUUUACAGAUUCAGAUGCUCCCCGAAAAUACUCAAUCUAAUCUGGUGAUAAUCUCUGAUUCAGUCUGCGGUAUGCCUGACGAAGAAGCUUUGCAAAAUGUUCUCACCCAACUCCGCAGUUACACAGUUGCAUUUUCGUUCAUUCAAUUACAAAAGAAAGCUUGUACAGAACCUGUAUUCGGACAUGUUGGAUCAUCAUCUCUCUUUUAUUUCAUGACAAUGGCAACAUUUGGAACAUAUCUUCCACGUCAAAUGCCACAACCACCAAAAGAUCCAUUAAUUCUGAGUAGAACACAAGAGGGUCAAUUAGUGAUAAAACGAACUGUUGAACAUGAUGAUAUAAUUGAUGAGAGCAAAGAGAAUAUUAAUCAAUUUCAUCGAGCAUUAAUUUGUUGGUCAUUUCAAAAUGGUUUGAAUGACAAUGAUUAUUUAUUGGAUACGUUUGCACAGAUUAACAGCGAUUUUUUGGAGCUCCAACAGAGUCAUGUGGACCGACAUCGAAGAUUUGUUGCAGACUAUCAGGCGACAUUGAAUCGUAUGAUGUAUGUGAGAUUGAGAGAAGGAUUCACAUUGAAAUCUACUGUAUUCGUGAAGAACAAUACCCAAGUAAUCCUGACCCUCCGACUCGCUUUUCGACCACUUGUAUUCAUUGAUUACAUCAUUACUUCGGCAUGGCCAGUCAACAAGAAUGUACAUCAAGCAGUGAAUGUGGAGUUGGUACUAGAAGGACCAUAUAAUGAGUUGAAAGAUCUUCUAACAGAAAGCAAUUAUCUCAAUCCAAUCCGAAUGAAUCUUAUAAAAUCUGUAAUUGAUGGAAUCAUCGACGCGGAUCGUCUUCUUCUGCAUAUUCAUUCAUUUGAUACAAAAAUCGCAUAUUUCACUAUACCACCCGGUGUCACCAAGGAGUAUGCUUUAUUUCAACAAGGAGAUCGUUCACGACAAAUUUUGCCGCAACUUUGUAUAGUCAAACCAGACGGUGUUAAAACUCGCGGAUUCGUCAAUUUUUGGAAGAAAAUGCUCGAAGUUGACGAUAGCAAUUGGCAGAAAUGGGUGCACACUCAAACGGAAAGAAGUCUGCUCAACCUGAUCCACGUUCCAUUUGAAAUGUUUACAACCGAAAGAAUUCUGAAAUUUGACUGUCGUUAUCCACUGAAUGCUGUUCUUUAUUCAAUUAAAGUGCGUGCAACAUUCUGUCUUGUUGAAAAUCAAACAUAUGUUACACUGGUCUACGCUACACAAAAUUCCAAAAAACCAUCGUAUUUCUUCAUUCGAAAAGUGAUUUGUAAUGGUCCUGUGGCAAUUAUCAAGACAGCAUUUCUCGGUGGAGUCACUUCAAUAGAGAGAAGACGUGCUGUUGAAGCACAGAGACAACGAUUGAUAAAUGUUACUUAUGGAACUAUUCUUGAUGAGGCUGAUUUAAAAAAAGAAGCGAGAAGAUAUCGAUAUGAAGCGAAUGCUGCAAAGUUUUAUAUGGACCCAACCAAGAUUUUUGACAAAAAGUCAGAUCCAGCAUGUACAGUGUUUCGGCGUCCUCUGGAACGAAUGGUUGUCCGUUACACUCACGUGCCCGCUGAUCUCACAACAAUCGUUCGAGCCGAAGAAAAAACCGAUGAUCCUGAUGAAAUUAUGCUGUUAACACUUCAUAAUACACUUGCAAAAAGUCUGGCGUGUCGUCGUAGUGUCAUUCUUCUCAACACCUUUCAACCAGGCGGUGCAUUCAUUGUUCGACUUCUCGCAGAUUUCUGUCAAAAUGUGCUCAUGCACAAGAGAAUGCAUCAGGAGGGAUUCCGACCGGCGUGGACUCAGAAUAAUGCUGUCUCGUUGCUCCGACAAAUUUAUGAUUCAUCCGGAGCAUCACUGGAGCAGUUUAUCAUGUUUCCAGCGAUUACGAUUCAACCUAAUAUUAUGAAUAAUCCGAUUCUGAGAAGAAAAUCAAAACAUGAAAUCGUCAAAAAGGAUAAAUUCGAAGAUGAUGAUGAUGAGAUUUCCAAAAAUGCGAUACCAUCGAGAUCCGCUGUUGAGACUCUUGCAAUUGUUUGUGAGAUGUGGAAUGAGCCUGAAGGAGGAAAUCCAGAUGAUCAACUGGCGAAUAUGAGUGCGGAACAACGACUCAACGAAGAUCUUCGAUUCAUCUCAGUCCUCUUCACUCUCGACAAAAUCCUCCGUCACAGUGGACAAUGUAAUGAAGUAUUCCCGAGUGAUGAUAAUUCCAAAGGUCUCUGUCAACCAGGAACUCCUGGAAGAAUGUUUCCAUAUGAGGAUAGCUGUAGAUGUACUGAUAUCUAUGAAUUGACGGGUUUACCGAAGAAAACACCACCUUCCGAUAAUGACAUGUUGACCUAUAAAAAACUUCGCCCGAAGAGCAAACGAAGAACUGAGAAGCUCAAAAAUGAUGAUGAUCUGGAGAAGGAAUGGGUACAGGAACAGAGAAGAUGGAUGGAUGUUCCGAAGGAACCAACUCCUGGAAUUUUUCCGAUUCGAUAUAUUCGAAAAAGGAUAGAAGGUGAUGACGAGGUUCUUGGUGAACUCGAUGAGCCAUAUCCAUAUAUUACUGAAGAAACAGUCAACACAACAAUUUCUCCAGUGCCUACAGUAACCGAUAUUCACGCAGAAGCAGUUUCGAAGUUUGUGACAGUCUACGACAAUUUGUUCAAUAUGACCAACUUAGUAUAUCAUGCUCAAAGGAAAUAUCUACCACUUCCACAUUUUGUUCUGGGACGAAAUGAUUCGGACAUUCCACUUUGCAACAAACGUCAAUUAAAUGCACUUCAUUGGCAACUCAGCAGGAUUGCAGAUCUUACAUGGAUUAUUGAUGACACGGAACAUGAUAUUAUUUGGGCAGAUCUGGUGAAAACAGUGCCUGAGAAGGAAAGGCCUCCUCAAACAAAGCUAAGAGUCUACGUGAAAGCUUUAACUGCUCGAAUGGCUGCGUUGAUGUUUGCACCAGUCACUGAUGCGUUUGAUGUCAAAUCUGAAAUAAUUCCAAUGUUCCUUAUGACUAUUCAUGAAACUCAAAUUGCUCAUUGUUACGCUCAAAAUGCGUUCGAUGGGAAUGGAAUCGUCAAUGUUCCGAUGUCAGAUGUACCCGAGCGAUGGGAUUCUGGAGCAAGAUUUGGAUGGACUCCGAACAAUCGAAAUGUAUUUCCAGAGGAAGCAACGACGUUUCCAUCAUUCUGCCGACAUUUUGAAGAGGAGAUUCUUCCACGUAUUCGAAUGAGAGCAAUGUAUGAAGCUGCACGUGAAGAAAUUCCACUCAAUGAAGAAAGUUUAAUGGAUAUGUCCGGAGAGGUUGAUUGUUUGGAAUUCGAAAUGUCGGAAAUUCCAACUGCCUUGAGAAAAGUGUGUCAACAUCUUGGAGGAGAACAUCCACCACCGAAGGAUACAAUUUGCUGUGAAGGUUCCAAUAUUGCGUACAUGUUCAGUAAAAUGCUCUCAAAGAAUUUCAAAAAAGUCGAAGGAACACAAAACAUAUUCUACCUGAAUCCCGAAUCUAUGAUUGAGCAGAAGACAAAGAAAUCCAAGAAAAAACAAGGAAGGUCGAGCCGAACUCGAGGAAAUAGUGGAAUGAUGUAUGUAGAUGGUACAGAAUCAAUUACAUCUCUAUCGGAAGCUGGAGACGAAAGAUCGUUAGAAGGUGAACAUAGUGGUGAAUUUCUGGACGAUGAGGAGAAAACAAUAACUGACAACAGUUCUUCUGCCAGCUCUGAGGAUUCCGAUUCGGAUGAAUCUUCAUCAACCGGAUCGUCUUCCAGCUCAGACGAUCCUAGACCAGGAUCCCCGCCAAGUAGCGAUUAUUCCGAUACGGAGAGCAGAACUAGAGCGGAUAGUGCAACGCUAGGAGAGAUUUACGAGGAAUAUACCGGAAAUAAUCAGCCAAUGUUCAUUCAGUUCAACUGUUCGGUGAAUUUUGACGGAAGAAAAAAGACCGACACGUUUCCUAUCAAUUUUCUACCAACAUGCAUUCACGAGCUUCUCCCAUUUAUUGUUGGUGCCCCAACAGAUCCUGAAGAGAUUAAAAAUGUGGAAAUUGUCAUGGAGCUAUUGGUGUUGACGACUCAAAACUUGAGACCAACUAUGGAUGCAAAUGAAAUUAGUACAAGAUUGUUGGGAAUGGCUAAGAGUCGAGUCAGGAAUCCAUAUGAAUUUGAGAGGCAUCGAAGAGAAAGUUACAAACGAGAAGAAGAAGAAGAAGAUGAAGAUCCCAUAUCUACAAGUGAUGAUGAUGAUGAUGAGGAUAAAGAAAAAAAGGAUACUCUGUUCGAUCUUCCACCUCAAGAACGAAAAGUUAUGACAGAUUUGGUGCGAAAUGUUGGAGUUGUGCUGGAACUCGAGAAGAUUCUUCUAGAAUCUAGAGUCGAGAAAGUGGAUAAGAAGCUUCUGGAUAACGUGAAAAGUUAUAUUGACAAUGCGUGUACUACAUCUGGAAAAGUUGGACACGCUGAAACAAGAAGAAAGCCAUUCAUACUUGUCGAUAACUCGAGGCAGAAAAUAAGAAAAUUCAUGGAUUUGUUGGAUAAUCGAGAGUGUGGAUAUUUGAAGAUAGUACGGCUAGAGGAUACAAAUAUGCUGUAUUGUAGACGUAUUAAUAAUCAAGAAAUCUAUGAAUCCAGGAAAGCCAGCGAAGAAGAUCCGGAAGAUCUACAAGCUCCCAGGAACAUUGGCCCAUUGUCAGUUGCAGAUUUCUGGAUAAUAAUUUCAGUCGACUAUAAGGAUCAUCAGAUUAGUGUGCAUUUCUGUCAACGAUACGAGCACCAACACACUGCUAUGCUUGAUCAAAUGUGGGCCGGGAUUCGACAAGAACUUCGAGUUCUCAAUCAAGAAAGUCUUUUGGAAAUGAUGUAUAUUCAACGGAACGUUGACAAGCUUCUUGUGCCAGAGCAUCGAAAAAUUUCACAGUUUGACGAGAAUGACAAGCAUCAGAGUCCACCGAUCGUUACACCGCUGAGAUUAGCCGGAAAACGGGGACGAAAGCCCACGGAAAUUGUUCCACAGGAUCUCUACUUCUACUUUGCCGAAGGAUAUUUUGCGUGCCCAUUGCAGAGAGAGUUGUGGAUCGCGGUACCAGAACGAAUUCGAAAUCAAGGUCAGCUGCUUCACAGAAACCCUCUACACAUUGCCUUCGAGAAAAUAAAAACUCCACUUUUGAAUUACGCCGUUCAUAAUCGAGCAAACACUUUUGUUUACAAAGAUGUUGAUCGAAACCAAAUUUUCUACUUCCAACUCCAUAUGGAUCGUGAUUCUUAUGAACUGGCAGUGAAGGGUACAAGGACAAAGUUGCGAAGAAAACAAAUGGAAACUGUUGAGCAAAUGUUAGAGACGAAGAUUUGUUUGACAAUAUUUGGAAUCACAGAACCUCAUACAUCAAUUAUCGAAACUAUUUGGAAAUCUCUUCAUGAGAAGUUAGAUGAACAAUUGUUAGUGGAGAUUAUGCGUGGAUAUUCUCAAAAUCAAGAACAACCUCUAUCGAUGAAUGAAAUUUCAUUUCUUCAACCACCGGAGCCAGGCCCCCAGAUUCGAAAAUUUUUCUCAAUUCCAUUCAUCUUUGAAGAAUACCUUUCUGCUCUUCUCUUCUACAUCGGACAACAUAUUGAGGCGAUCAAUAGUAUUUCACCUGCAAAAGUGAAAGAGCAAGGAAUAUUUUAUAAUGGAGAGGCAUUUAACAGGACACCCGUUGCAGCAACUUGGCCUGCCAGAAGAAAAAGUUUUAGAAAAAUAUCGGAUCUUGAAGGAGAUACUGGAAUUACGAUGGGUGUAGAAGCUAAAGAAGGGAAUAUUAUUCGUGCUUUUUCAAUUGAUGAAUGCCCUGAUUCUCUGGAACCAUUGAAUUCCAGUCUGAUCUUCCGAUCACAUCCUCCAAUCGCUGGAAUGCUUCCUCAAGACUAUUUACUUUCUUCUUUCUAUGUCUAUCAUAUACUCCCUGCAAGAGGUGUAGUUGAUACUGGAAUGGCUUUAAUCGAAUUCCGAAUCACAAAACCUGAUGGUCAACUAAUCUCGAGAUUCGAUCAACCGAGUAUGAAUGAGCAGAGUCAUUUGCUGUUGGUUCCUAAUGUUCCAGAUGAUAAGUCAACUGUCUACAGAGAUAUUAUCAAAUCACAUGUUCAUAAUGCUCCGAAACCGGAAAAAUCAUUGUGUGGAUUCGUAGAAAUGAUCGUGUGGACGAAAGGAGAUGUCGUUGAAUCAGCAUUUGAAAAGAUGAUGCAUGAAUUGAUUGAGAUGAGCAUGAUUGAUGUUAUCACUGAGUUUGGAUAUCUUAAUACAACUAUUGUCGAAGAGGGAAUGUUCACUGGUACCGUCUCGUUCACAAAUCGAAAUUCGGAUGUAUUCCUACCUGGCCAAGAUUCAACAACAUCAGAGCCAGCGAAACAUCUGACGAAACAAAGCUCGGCGAGCAGUGUUACCGCUUCGGUGGAUACUAGGCAUCAUCAUUCAGCAGCUACAAGUCAUUCGGGAGAGAUAAGAAGAAGUUUGGUGCACGGACCUGGCAGCCUCGAUAUAGGCAUCAAUCCUCCACCUCCACCUCCACCUUCACAUGUUCACACAAAACCAUCUGCAACUGCAAGGAUGUCAUCAAUUGCAAAAGACAUUGAACAAUCACUGACACAGAAUGAUAUCAGCCUCCGACGUCAAGACUAUAUGAAUCGGAAAAAUGCGUAUAGUAUAAUUAAAUGGUUGGACUAUGUGGAAUCGAAACAAGGAGAGACGAAUAGUGUGGUGAAGCAGAGAAUACGGUUUGAAUUUCAACAUGCAAGUCUUCCGGCACUAUUUGAAAUACGUAAUCGAUUGGAAGUCAGUCUCGGUGGACUCCAUGAAUCAGAUAUUCGAGAACGAGUUUAUCUUUGUGGACUUCGGAAACCAAUGGAAAAUGAAAAUGGAAUAUCACUUCGAGAAUCAAAUCUAUCGAUAUUUGGAACACAUCCCCAUGAUGGUCGUUUUGAAGUUCUAACGACUGAUCCAUUUCACGCAAUGACUGAUGAUUUUGGAGUCGAUGAAUCACAAAAUCAAGAAGAAUACAUUUUGGUCAGUUGUAUUCGAAAUAUUUUCGAUGGAUUCGGAGAGAAUAUGAUUCGAACAACGUCGCAGGUGGAUGAGAUGAAGCAAAUGUUCAGAAAUCAUUUACACGGAAAAUACAGCCCACUUGUGCAAUCUCAUAUGUAUGCUCCUCGUCAGCGAAUAAUGAUGGCUUAUUUAAAAGGAGAUUUCAUGACAAUCUACUUCUACAAUUACCACUACAGUAUACACAAAGAAGCCGUCGACUGUACCAACAAAAUCGUCGGUUUCCACAAUGCAAAGUCCCGAUUGCUUCGAGAAAUUGGUCUACACAAGAUGGGUAUCACUCAUUUAUCGCCUUUCCAUACCGAACCAAAUAACGAAUAUGACUAUGAAGUUCUAAUUUGGACGGAUCCAAUGACACUAAUCUCCAAAGAAUUCCCAAUGGAUCAUAAGACACCACCACAGUUUAUGAGAGAACCACAAUGCUCGAAUAUCUUCUUCAGAAUGUAUCGACAACCAGAUCUUCAGGAAAUUAUGGGAAGAUCAAAGACGUUGUUCAAAAGUGAUUGUGUAAAAACAAUGCAUUAUGAGCAGCUUCUUCGAUGGCGAUCCGGUUUGAAAACUAAGUUGGAUUUCAUUCAAAAAGUGACAAAAGCACAUAUGGAAAUGAUUAAAAAAGAGGUUUUGAUAAAUGAAUGUGAUCUACUUUUAUUCCUACGUCCACCAAAAGUUGCAAAGAAACUUGGGCCCCCUCCAACUCACACUUCAUCAACAUCUUCAGUGAGGCAUCGACAUUUUGAUGAUGAUCAUCAUACGGAAGAUAACUAUUCGUUGACUGAGCGAACAUCGAAAAGAGCUUCGAUAUUUGGAGAAUCUAUAAAAUCACAAGCAAUCGCUGAAUCCGAGAUUUUCAAGGGAAAAGGAGAGUUUUUGAAGAAAACUGAUUUGAAGUUGGGAUUGGCGUCGACAAAGUUUCACGAGAUUAGAACUCCGUUUUUCCUUCGUUCAGAAUGGAAUAAGGAUGCUCCGAGAAGAGCCGGAAAGCUUUUUGAUGAAGUUGUAAGAGAAAGUGAUAUUCGAUCGAUAUUGGAAGAGCCGCUGAAAGAAUUUGUCGAAAUUUACGAAGUUCAAAAGGCGAAAAUGACGAAACAGUUGAUGAAGCGGAAAUAUUCGGAGAAAAAUGUGGAAAUUCAAAUUUCGGAUAUAAUAAUAAAAAAUGAGGAGAGAAAACGAGGAGAAGAGAUGAUUAAGAUUAAAGAUGAAGAGGAAUGGUCUGAAGAUGAUAGUGAUAUAGAUGAUGAUGAUGGAUUAAGUAUUGAAGAUUGUGGACAAUCAUCAAGAAGUACAUCAGAAUCCAAGACAGCCGUUGUUGGAGAUGAGAAUUUCCAGAGAACGUACGGAAGAGUUCGACGCUCAUGGAAACUCAAUCCACCGGUAUCUCCGAUGCCAUUAGACUCCCGACAUAACUCUCAGUCAUCUGUGAUGCCAAUGAUAAAACCAUCGGAAUCUGGUCCAAUCGAGAAAAUGUUCAGUUUUACAUUGAAUGCUGCCAGUAAACUUUCGCGACGAUUGAGUAGAAGGCAACCGGAGAAAGAACCUUCAAUAGAAAAAGCAGAGGAAGCAUUAAGUGACUUAGCACAAUCAAUAAAUGGAGAUUCAACUGAUCUUGAUGAGGCGAACAUGGAGCCUGCAAUUUCACCGAUUAUGUUCAAGCACGCUGAAGAAUUUGCUCGAUAUUUUACUCGAAAAUAUGGUUUCAUUCAAUUCCGAGUUGAAAAUCGAAAUCGACGAUCAAAAGCUCUCAAUCGAUAUACCACGACAAGCAAUAUGUUCUCUGAUCUACCGUACCUCGUGUUCUACAAAGCUUAUGAUGGAGGUGUCAUUUUUGCGGAUUUGAAAUAUGAAAUUCCUGAAUUUGUUGUAUCGUUUUAUAUGUACGAAAGAGCAAAAAUGUCGUCUGCUGAUUACUAUAUGGUUGAUCGAAUGGAAGCGUUGUAUUGGAAAGAAUCGAAAGAAUUGCAUACGGCAGCAAAUCAAUUGAAAGACAGUGUCUGCUUCAUGACCUUCAACUUUGACUACCAUCUUCGAGCAGUUGCCACGUUUCUCGAAGCAAAAGCUAAUAAGAGAAAAUGCUUAUUUGGAGCCUCAAUGAACGUUUUUCAUCUGAUUGAACGACUCUUGGAUUAUUAUCAAUACGAUCUUAUUUUGUCAAAGAAUCUUGUAGCGAUUAAAUAUCUGUACUUGACACGUGAGCACAACGAUAUAAUAUUGACGAGAAUGGAGGAAGAAGAGGAUUUAAUGCUUAUGAAAAUGGAGAAUGAUCCAGUGAUUGAUCAGAGAUAUGCUGGAAAUCCGAUUGAAGACGCUAUUUUUAAAAUCACAGAAGGCCAUCUCUAUAAAUCGAAGCAUCCUGUAACGACGAUCGAAAUGACAGGAAUUCUGAGUCCCCAAAUGAGUAGCCCAUCUUCCGUAAAACAAUGCUCACGAGUUGUGCCAUCAAUCAAAAUACGGGUUCACAUGGACGACGUUGGCGGCGGCGGCAUCGGAUGUGAUGACGAUCGACUCUACUGGCCGCCGACUCAAGAUCGCGAAUUUAUCGAGGAUUUCGAGGGAAAACAACGACGUCGUCUGCUGGAGAACAUGUCGAAAUACGGGACCGAACACGUUCCAACACCAUGGGAAGAUAGCUGUGUUCGACGAACUGUCAGGGAAAUGAUGUCACAACGAACAAGUACAUUCUAGGCACGAGAUUGUCUAUUUUAUAUAUAUUUUUUUUGAAUAUUCAUAUGGUUGUUUGUAUUCAACAAAUUUGAAUUAUGACCAUCGUAUUUAGUACAAUUUACCAUUUUGUUUUGUAUAAUUCUACAGUUCCAAUUUUUCAAAAUUUACAUUCCAAAAUUCUACUUUUUUGCCAUUUUUCCGUAUUUGUAUAAUCAUUUUUUAUAUCAUUUCUCUCUCUCUCUCUUUCUCUGCCUAUAAGAACUUUGUGAUAACCUUUUAUUCGUUCUAUUCAUCAAUAAACAUGACUUAUUAAUCCCUUCCAGUUCUCAAUGAAAUCGUUUCCACAGAA